AUGCGCAAUCUUCAAUUUCUCUCGAUCUACAACUCAAGAUGGGAUACAAAUGUUCGAGUGUAUCUACCAGAGGACUCAAAUUUCCCACCUCGUCUGAAGUUAUUACAUUGGGAGGAAUAUCCAGGAACGUGUCUUCCUCAUUCACUUAGGCUGGAAUUUCUCGUGGAACUCAAUUUAGAAAAGAACAAGCUCAGACAUUUGUGGAAAGGAACACAGUCCCUUGGAAAUCUGAAGAAGCUGAUGUUGGCAUGGUCUUAUAAUUUGGAGGAACUCCCGGAUCUUGCGAAUGCUACAAAUCUAGAGAUUUUGGAUGUGACUGAAUGCGAGAGUUUGGUAGAGAUUCAUUUCUCUGUUGGGAAUCUUCACAAACUAGAGAGGUUGGAGAUGAGAUUAUGUACAAAUCUGCAGGUUGUUCCGAGUCUCUUCAACUUGUCAUCUCUUGAAACAGUCGGGAUGAUGGGAUGCUGUCAAAUGAGGAAACUUCCAGAUAUUUUCACAACCAUCACAAGCAUCUCAAUCACAGACACGAUGUUAGUGGAAUUUACUGAAUCAAUUAGACUCUGGUCUCGUCUCAAGAGUCUCUUUAUACUUGGCAGUAUCAUUCCACGUGAUUUUUUGACACAGCCACAUGUGGUAAAAUUGAUGGUAGAGAGAAGUGGCGCAGAUAUUGAGAGAAUUCCAGAUUGCAUCAAAGAUCUUCAUAGGUUGGAAACUCUUAUGAUAGUUGGAUGUUCAAAACUUGUAUCACUGCCAGAGCUUCCUAAGUCGCUCACAUCACUAUUCGUAUGGAAUUGUGAAUCACUGGAGACACUAGUACCUUUCCCUUCCGACUCUCGGAUUGAGUAUCUCAGUUUCCUUGACUGUCUCAAAUUGGACCCAGGAGCAAGGAGAGCAAUUCUCCAGCAAUCAAGGCGGGCAUGCGUACCCGGAAGAGAUAUACCAGCAAAGUUCAAUCACAGGGCUAUAGGAAACUCUUUGACCAUUACUUCAAAUGCCUGUGGAUUUAAGAUGUGUUUCAUCGUUUCACCUAAAUCAGAGAUGGAAUACGGUAACUGUAUAGAAUUAGUGUGCCGCAUAAGCAUAAAUGGGUGCCCCAAGGGGAAUUGCAUAUUUCCUCUUCUCUUUAGAGUCCAUUCAGAACAUCUGGUUAUAUUUUACUGCGACAUUCCUCAAGAAGACGACGACGAAGUUGAACAGUCCCACCAGAUAUUGUUCGAAUUCAGCAGCUCAUCCCAGGAAAUGGAAUUUAUUGAAUGUGGUGUCCAGAUCUUGAGGGACAUUUUUGACUAUGGACUUUUUGCGAAACAGCAUUUGGUGAAAUUUAUGUUGGAAGACUAUGGACCCCUUGAUGAGAGCCUUGCUGCUGCAAUGGCAGACACCACGGUGGAUUUCAGUAAUGGCCCUGAAUGUUAUGCAGUUUAUAAAAGGAUGAUUGAUGAUUUUUAUGGGAGCUUUGGGGAUGAUUCAAAAGAACUGUUGGAAAACGAUGACGUAUGUUUAUCAGAUGAGAGCUUUUUGUUGGAUGCAUCGCGAGUAGAGACCGAUGAUGAUUUGGAUGGGAGACUUGAGUAUGAUGCAUCACGAGUAAAGACCGAUGAUAGUUUAUUUGCUCCCGCUUUUUUUUCUUUCGGGUUUUGA